CAAAGCUGGGUAAGAAACACAGCUCAUUGUUGGCAAGUGCCGAUGAGCCUCGCGGAGGAGUGAAAAACAGCUUUGGGUCUGCGGCAGCAAUAGCAAUAAUAUAAUAUCACCAUCACGUAAGCACAGAGGAGAGAGCCAGGGAAGCCCUCUCUAUGCUGGGUGUCUUUACUGACUGAUCUCACCGACACCUUUGAAGCGAAAGAAGAAAAGCAGGGAGGUGGGAAAUGGCAGACCACAUGAUGGCCAUGAAUCACGGGCGAUUCCCUGACGGAUCCAGCGGGCUUCACCACCACCCUGCCCAUCGGAUGGGAAUGGGUCCCUUUCCUACCCCCCAUCACCACCACCAGCAGCAGCAGCAGCACGCCUUCAACGCCUUGAUGGGCGACCAUAUACAUUACGGAGCUGGAAAUAUGAACGCAAAUAGCGGGAUCAGACACGCCAUGGGGCCCGGGAGCGUGAACGGAGGGCACCCUCCCAGCACCAUGCCCCCCGCCGCACGAUUUAGCGGCUCCCAGUUCAUGGCCCCCCCCGUGGCCAGCCAAGGGGGGCAGCUCACCGCCAGCAUGCAGCUCCAGAAGCUGAACAACCAGUAUUUCAGCCACCACCCCUACCCUCACAGCCACUACAUGCCGGACUUGCACCCGGCGAGCCACCAGCUGACGGGCAGCGGGCAGCAUUUCAGGGACUGCAGAGACCCCAAGCACGGCGGCGGCGGCGGGCCGCCCGCCGGCCCCCACGGCCCCGCGGCAAUGCUGCCCCCCAAUGUCAUAGACACUGACUUCAUCGACGAGGAGGUCCUCAUGUCCUUAGUCAUCGAAAUGGGCCUGGAUCGCAUCAAGGAGCUGCCCGAGCUGUGGUUGGGACAGAACGAGUUUGACUUCAUGACAGACUUCGUUUGCAAACAGCAGCCCAGCAGGGUGAGCUGCUGAUUCACUGAAAACAAACAAAGGACUUUCUAUCGGUGUGAAUGAAAACAUUCCCUUAGACACAGUGUCUCACUUUUCAGUGCUUGAAAAGGUGAGAAUCUGGAAAGCAGAGUAAACUAUGCGCUUGUAUAAAUUCUUUUUUAAUUGCUGCCACUUUUCUUUCUUUUUUUUUUUUUUUUUUUUUGUAGCUUUGACAUUCACCUCCCCUCCCGUAGAAAUAAUUUCUAGCUAACUCUACCUUUUUAUGUUGUCCCCCCUCCUCUCUCUUAAUUUCCUCACAGUAACAUGCCCAUAAUUUCCACAGUGCUGAACUGUUAGAUAUUAAUCUUGGCAAAUUGCUUGAUCUUGUGGAUUUUGUAAACGAUGAUUUCCAAUGACUUGAACUGCAUUCAAAUUCUGAGUGAACAGGGAAAAAACUGCAUUAGUUGGUUGCAUGAACUUUGAAGGGCAGAUACUACUGCACAAAUGCUGCCAUCUUGCUUAAUUUUUAACUAUGCAUUGCAGUGCAGACUAAUUUUUUUUUUUUUUUUUGAAUAUGCUAAACUGGAAGCUUAACAGAUGUGGGCCAAACCUUUCCGGAUCAGGAAAAGUAAUACUGUUACUUAAAGUCUGCUACCCAUUCCCCCUCCCCCAUAUGUACAGACAAUAAUAUGGUGUGGAUGGAAUGUUGACUAGUGGCAAACAUUUCACAGAUUUUUCUUUUAAUUAUUAUUUUGUUUCUGUCUUCAGCAUUUUGACACUGUGCUAAUAUAGUUUAUUCAGUACAUGAAAAGAUACUACUGUGUUGAAAGCUUUUCAGGAAAUUUUGACAGUAUUUUUGUACAAAACAUUUUUUUGAGAAAAUAUUGUUAAUUUAUUCUAUUUUAAUUUGCCAAUGUCAAUAAAAAGUUAAGAAAUGCUUUAGUUUUUCUAGAAGUCAUUUACCAGUAUUUUUCUUCAAAACUCUCCCCACUGUCCCUGGUAAGUAGAACAUCUAUGUGUACAACUGUGUCGGUGUUCAAAAAGACAUUCCAAAAUAGAAAGUACACUGCACCCAUAUAUAUGUCAUGGUGAACUCAGUAGAUGAGCAGGAUUUAAACAUACUUGCAGCAUAAAGCCUCAUACGUAACAUUGUAAUAUGCCUGUCAGUGUGGUUUUAUGAAAAAUAAAGUUGCUAAGAUGCAACUUUUUGUGACUUGCCAACAUACUUGCUUUAAAUGUAGUUGUCCAGAGUUAUGAUGCAUAAAGUAUUUAUUAUAUUUAUCUAUUAAACUUGUAAUUUUAUAAAUCCUCUUUCACUUA